GUGUUAUGAAAAACAGUGACACGAGAAAACAAAAGGAGUUUUUUGAAAAGAAAAGGAUGCAAGACAGGCAUAAUCUCAUCAGACCACCACUGGCAUCACCUAAAAAAGGCAAUGUUGGCAACAUGGAUUUGCUUACAAUGUUUAUUGUAAACCAAAUCGCAUUGAAGAAAGAACACACUGGUAUCUCUAAAAGAAGACAUUUGCCUAAAUCAAAAGGAAUUGAUAAAUCUAUGCGUUGGGAGUCUUUAGAGCUGCCCAUGAGUCCUUGUUCUCCAUCCUGCUUGAUCCUGGCAGAGAGCGAAUCGCAUUACAGUGACCAAACACUGGGUGUGAAGAAGAGAAAACAUAGCUUCCUAGAUGAAUUCAAGUUCAAGACGCUGUCACCGCUGCUGGAAACCAACCUGACUGACAACAGUACGUCAGUGUGUCAGCACCGGGUUCAGGGCAGUGUCGGUUCCUUUUCUUCAGCCUCACCAUCCUCAUCAGAGGCCUUCAACAUCCAGUCCAGGCCCACUGUACACAUCUCCCCUCCGCCACCAACAGAAUCACACUGCACAAAAAAUGCUCAGCCAGUGGGGGUGUGUGAGUAUAAUCUUUGGACAGUGCCUUAUCAAACAGAGACCUCCCAGACCAGCUAUGCGGAUGGAGUCCAGUUUAAGAGCACCUUUCCUAGCAGAGAAAGCAGUGGGCUGUCCAUACACUCCAUACAUGCUGAGAACCCAUUUAAUCAUUUAGAGAUGAAUGACCAAGAAGACAAGGCUCACUUUUUUGGACUCAUCAGUGGAGGUGAAGAUAUUUCUAGUAAGAGAACAACAAAGCUCCAUCUUCAAAAGGAGACACCACAUCCCCCGACACGAUCUCCUGAUUUCACUGAAUCCUACAACAAAGACCGCAGUAUUGAUUUCUUAUCUCAGCACGUGUCUAGAUGCGUUGACUGUAGACCCUGCAGGGUUCACAGAAUUGUCUCAGAGCAUGCCUGUGAAUCACCAGUAGCCUGUUCUCAAGGAGAGGGCUAUGUCAGCUCAGACGAUGUAACAAACUCUGUUCCAUCACUCAAAUACAUUUUAUCACAGGAAAAGGGAAGAAAGCAGGAUGGUGAUUCCUACAUGCACAUGUGCCACUUUAAGGACAUUCUGACAAGCCAUCAGGGAUGUUGUCCAUCAGGGAUGAGUGCUCCAACAAGCAUUAUGUCCUUCAACCAGAAGAUGAUGUGUAACCAUGAACAUAGAGAGAGGAAGAGUAAUGCCCAUGGGAUUUCAAAAACCUUGAGAGGGCUCAAUCAAGAACUGGCCUGUGAGGAGGAUCAGUUUGUUCCCUCUUGUUUGCAGACUAAGACACAAAGUGGUAUAAUGCAUAAAAAAGCAUCUCCCAGGACACAAGACAAGGUGACACAGACUGCAGGUUUUCCCAGUCUGACUUUGCAAGAUGCCUCAGUGCAGUGUUGUCUUUUGAAAGCAGCAGAUAGGAUGAGUAUUUUCACUGAGCCCACAGCUCACGUUCACCACAGUAGAAGACACAAAGCUCCCACCACUAGGAGGCAGACUCAUCACAGCAGUAAAAAUCAUGUUACUAGUCAGUUUGCUCUAUCAAAAAUCCAUGAGUUGGAGUUGAACACCUGCCGGAUGACGUCAAAAAUGGAGCCUGCAAUUACAGGACAUGAAAGUUUGAGCAGAUCUGAGAGCCAGGCAUGCAUGAAAAAACAUCCAUUACUGCACUGCUCUCACACAAAUGCCCCAGAGCUAAAGGAGCAAGCAUCAGAGAACAUGAUGUUGAGAGGCGAAAGGUGUGAAGGUCAUGAGGAGGAGAGUGUGAAUCAAAACCCCACUGAGAACUCAAGCUGUACAGAGGAACACGACAAUGCCUUCACUGCUGAAACAGGUGGAGACAGGGUAUCUGAGGGGAAGGGAAAUCUUAAAGAAAUUGCAGACAUUCUGCUCAUGCUGAAGCAGAAAAAGAAGCAUCCAUGAAGUGAGAGAAAAUGUGAGAUGACUUUUGUAUGUUGAAAGUUAGCAUCUGUCAUCAGAAAGUUUAUAGUUGUACGUGUUACACUGGCUUCGUUUUGCAUGGUUGAGUUACAGUGCAGUACACUGGAAAUCAAUACUUAACACCAAAAGCUUAUUUCAAACAGUGGACAACGUUUUAUUGUUUAAAUAUUCAAAUGUGAUGAAUAUUUCUUUUCAUAGAAUAUAAAUCUAGCAAAACAUUUAGCGCAACAAUAAUCAAAUGAACACUAUACACAUAUUUAUAUUCACUAUUUUAUCGUUGAUCGUAAAAACACUGGUUGAUAAUAAUAGUAAUAAAAGUACCAAUUUUACAUAGAAAACACUCACCCACACCCACUAGAUAGAUCUGGUUAGAUCUCGCUCCUCAAAGUAACACAAUGACUUGUUGACUUUGAAGCAUUCUCCAGUGUCAAAUACAUUCUAAAACAUGUGGCACACCCUAACAUCUGGUCAAUAAAGCUCUGUCCUAAUAAACUGGCAUUUAGUAUACUUUCCUGAAGCAUUCUCUCCCUCACUGCAAUAAUCAGAACUGAUAUGAGCAUACCUGAUUAAAACUUGACUGUCACCCUAUAGUGUGCUUCUCCCUUUGGGAAACUCAGUGUACUUCAGUGUUAAACAUGAAAACACAAUUAUGUGCUAACAGUGAACAAACACAAUACACACUCAACAGUAAUAGCAUUAAAACAAGCUUGUGUUAGUUUGCUUGAUAUUGUUGCUUUUACAAUACCCAUCAACUGCUUUUGUUACACAUAUAGCCACAAUAUAUCUGCUUGGCAAUUUUCUAUGUGUACCAAACUACCAAGGUGUAUACUCACAGCUGUACGAUAUAAACAUAACAUUGGAUAUUACACUACUCGUCAAAACAUAUUCCACUCUGUUACAUGGACGAGAGCUAUGAGAUGCAAAGCCAUUUGUACACAAGGCUGUGAAGGAAGACUAAAUUAAAGUGAGUCAAAUAAUAAACAUGGGUAUGAGUUGAGUACAGAUAUAAUGAAAAACAGAUUAAGGAGGUCAUCACACACUAUAAAGGAAUGAGAAAUAAUUUUGGUUCAUCUAAAAUAGACUUCUGAGACUAAUCAGUUCCAACACUCUCAGCUCUAAAUACAAUUUUGUGAUAAAAGGGCUGCUCCAGGAAACAGCAUAAGCCAAAAUCCAGGUUACAACCCAUGUGUGGCAUGCUACAAAAUUUAAACUAUUUGUCCAACUGAAAAUACUGUUGACAGAAUUGAACUGAACAUUGUGGUGAGAACAAGUUGCCAAUGCCAAAGCCUAGCAUCUUCACAAAAACCUAAGACUACCAUAGUCGAAUUACUAUUGUUCUGUAUAGCACACACCUCAUUCUACUGUAGUGAGCACAAAAACAGUUGUGUAACAUCUGUCAGUAAACUGUCAGUAUCUGUGAGCACUGCAGUUUCAAACUGUAGUGUACCACAACUCAAAAACUUUUAAAUGACAUCUCACAAAAUCAGGCUUUGCACUGUUUUUUUUUUUUUUCGUAUGUUUGGAUAUGUCAGUUCCAUUUUCCUUUAAAGUGAAGUGCAGUAUUUGUUAGAUGCAGCCUGACUGCUACUGAUGGGCCUGGUGUCAUGGUGGGGUGAAGCUGAAAAGCGAUUCCUUUU